AUGUCACGUCGAAGAAUGACGAUACAACGUACGGGUGGAGAUGGUGCCAAAGUUGCGCUUAUGAUCUACACGAUCUUAUUUUGGACAUCCGGCUUAGCGCUUAUAUUCAUUGGUUUAUGGAUGUUACUGGAUCCAAAGAGAAACUAUAUUCUGAAUCUGGUGGAUUUUUCUGAGGAUGAUCCGUUGCUGACUUUCGCUUCGUACAUCGCCAUUGUCGCCGGUGUGACGUCAUUAUUCGUUGGCUUUAUCGGAUGUUGUGGUGCGGUACAGCGAAUGCGGUGCCUGUUAGUGGGAUUCAUGCUAUGUCUCUUCGUUCUGUUCUUGGCCGAUGUCAGCAUAGGUACAUUAGCGCUGGUUUACAGGAAUAAGUUCACAAACGGACAACUCACCAUCUACGUGAAGAAUCUUACGCAUAACCGAUAUAAUCGUGACAAAUGGGUGCAGCCGUUGCUUGACACUGUGCAAUUUUACCAGCAAUGUUGCGGUGGUGAAGGACCUCAGGACUACUACAAUUCAUUUUGGUUCAUCACGAACACCUAUCGAGGUACACGAUCAUUCGUGCCGCCAUCGUGCUGCCGUCAAUCCCAAGCCGGUAGGGCAUGGUCACCGGCCCCAAUUGAUCCGAUGUGCACCACGUAUCGAUACGAUUCGCAAGCGUUUGCAAGCUCUGUGUAUAACGUUGGGUGCCACGAGAAGCUUUUACGAUGGGUGGAUGAGCAGACGUGGAUAUUUGCAGGUGUUGGCUUCGGUUUUGCCGCUCUUAUGGUGAUUGGAAUGGCGAUCUCAUUAAUCCUCUGCAACAGCGUCAAAUAUUACACAUUUAUCCGAGACGAGUACUAG